ACGGACCAAACGCCCGUCUCUACAGAUCUACUGUUUUAGACCAGAGGAGCAGAGCACCAUGGUUGUGUCCAAGGCCUGGACGUUACYCCAGCACUUCCAGGGUUUCCCCAAGGCUAGUGACUUCCAUCUGAGGGAGGAGACGCUGCCACAGCCCAAGAAUGGACAGGUGCUGUUGGAGGCUGUGUUCCUCAGUGUGGAUCCUUACAUGAGACCCUACAGCCAGACGAUGAUGAAGGAGGGAGACGUGAUGAUUGGGUCCCAAGUUGCCAAGGUGAUCCAGAGCUAUAACCCCAGCUUCCCGGUUGGCUGCCAUGUGGUCAGUGAUUGUGGAUGGAGGAGUCACUGGGUGUGUGAUGGGGCAGAGCUGACCCCUGUGCUGCCCGACUGGCCCCAGGACAUCCCCCUCUCCCUGGCCCUGGGGGCCAUCGGCAUGCCUGGUCUGACAGCUCUGUAUGGACUAGAGGAGGUGUGUGAUAUAAAGAAGGGGGAGACUCUUCUGGUGAACGCUGCAGCAGGGGCCGUGGGCUCAGUGGUGGGACAGAUCGCCAAGAUCAAGGGCUGCAGAGUGGUGGGCUGUGCUGGGACAGAUACCAAGGUGUCCUAUCUAAAGGAGCUGGGUUUUGACCAGGUCUUCAACUACAAGACUGCCACCUCUCUGGAGGAAUCACUCAGGGAGGCCGCGCCACACGGAUACGACUGCUACUUUGAGAACGUUGGUGGGAAGUUCUCCAGUGUAGUGAUGCAUCAGAUGAGAGAGUAUGGCAGAAUAGCUGUGUGUGGAAGCAUCUCCAUGUACAACGACACCACACCACAGACAGGGCCCUAUGUACACAUCCAUAUGAUCUUCAAACAGCUGAAGAUGGAGGGCUUCCUGUGUGCUCGCUGGAAACACAAACACCAGCAGUCACUGAGGAGGCUGAU